AUGACUACAGAUCAACCAGGACUUUCAAAGCUUGAAAAGCUCAAUGCAUUAUUAGGAAACAAUACCAGAAGGCCGACAGCACCGACACCGGCAGCCACGCGACAAGGAGGUAGUUUGAAACCUCCAACCACAUCGCCAGCAAAUGUUCCGCUUUUCCCAUCGCCAAACUCAGCACAACGGGCUUUAUCGAGUCUAGCUCCACCUCGAGGGAGGGAGAGGAAGAAGGUAGCAUUAAAGCCAGGUCAUUCUCCUCUUGAUUGGGCCCAACUAAAUAGGACAGAACCAAAAUUUAAACUUCGAGGUGUUGAUCCAAAUACUCCCCCACCACAAUUUGUCAAGAUCAAAAAAGAAGAAUUAAAAAAACAUAAGAGUCAAGAUGAUUGUUGGACAUGUAUAAAUGGAAGAGUUUAUAAUAUUACUCCAUAUGUGGAUUUCCAUCCUGGUGGAGUUGAAGAAAUAAUGAAAUGUGCGGGAAGAGAUGGGACUGCAUUGUUUAAUAAGUAUCAUAGUUGGGUAAAUGUUGAUCGAAUGCUAGAAAAUUGUAUUGUUGGUUUGUAUGUUCCUUAA